AUGAAUGCAUGCCCUAACUUUCGCAGUUCACGUCUUAACCCUCAAAGUAAGUUCACGCUGCGCGUUUUUGCGGUGUUGUCUCCGCGUGUCUUGGGCUUCAAAAUUCUAAGUCAAAUCUCAAUUCAAAAUCAAACUUCAAAACUUAACCUCUAAAUGAAAAGUUAAAUAUAUUCAAAAAUCAAAACCAAGGCAAAACUUUACAAGUAAAGCGAUUUUUUUCGUCUAUCAUUAAGUCGCGUCCUAUCAUUCUGCUGGAACUGGAAGUGGAAAGGUGGCAAGGUGUAUUCGGGAACAUACACAUAGGUGCGAUAUUUUUAUUUUUUCCUCUGAUUCUGACUGUCUAUUUGCUGGUGCUUUGUAAUUAAGAAACAGAGUCAGUGGUGUGGAAAAAUGGUUGAUAUUUUUGACGCUGAGUAUCAUUAUCAAGGAUUAUCGAUGGGUCCGAUGGGCUCGCUCUCCUUGAGAUGGAAAAAGAGACAAG